AUAGCUCUCUCAAGGUUGGAGCUUCUCAGAGUUCUUAGGUUGAAGCUUGCCCGCUCUCCCGACCCGCGUGUCCUCGCCUUCCGCUAUCUGCUCUACGAUACCCUUUGAGCCACCUCAUUCCUGUCAUCACGUCUUCCGCUCCGCUCGACAGGCUAGUCAAGGGACUCGCGCCGACUAGGCUACAGCCGGCAGUUUGCAGUAGAACAGGUUUACAAACGCCACGCAGGUUUCGCGAUAUUGUACCUUGCAGCUAGCCACGUCGCUAAGGGAGAAAGGGGGUUAGACUCAAAUCGAGGUGCGAUAUCAUCAUUUUUAAUUCCUUCUAGCGUCGCGCGUCGCGUUCUGACGUCUUCUGUCCUCCCUUCUCGUACCUCGCCACAUUGCAGAGUCGUAUACCACCGAAGCGCCUUAGGUAGCGUCGCGGCGGCGAAGUAAUCACCCAGUCAGUUACCGCCCCAGCCACUCUCAUGACCCACAAGUUCUUCUCGACGGCGCGGAGGCUAUUUUAGUGUCAAAACAUUGGGAGCUAUUUCCGCUGAAAUCCCUGGAGGUGGUUCUUUAGAAGACGCCGAAGUUUCCUGAAAUCCUGAAGGCAAUCUCUAAACUUACUCGAGAGCCACACGCGAUCCUUGGGGGCCGCCACUUAUCGUUUUUAAAACGAGAGACUAACUGCUUUUCUGUGGCCGCCACUUACUAGUAGUUAUUUUUGUCUGCUUUUAUCGCAGCCCCGACCGGCUGGAAGCCGCCAGCACUCUUCAUUAAGGACCGCGCGACCGGCAGGAGGAUUCUUUUUUAACCGCUAACCGUGAAACCGUGUAACAGCGUAAUCGUGAGCGUAACCGUAAGUGAAGUCAAUAGGGUAACCGUUAGUCACGACAUUGCGCGAUGGAUCAUGAUAUGAUGGAUCACGAUAUGAGUGGCAUGGGUCACGACACAAAUGCCAUGGGUCACAACAUGACGGCCGUGGGUCACAACAUGACGGCCAUGGGUCACAACAUGAUGGCCGUGGAUCACAACAUGACGGCCGUGGGUCACAACAUGACGGCCGUGGGUCACAACAUGACGGCCGUGGGUCACAACAUGACGGCCGUGGGUCACAACAUGACUGCCAUAGCUCACAACAUGAGCGGCUCUACUCCAACUACUAGCAUGUCGAUGACCGGCGACGGCGGAAUCUGCACCGGUGGAGCCUGCGGCGGAGGAGCCAGCGGCGACGGGAGCGCGUCAAUGUCGACAAUGGCGAUGACGCCGACAACGGGGACAAUGGCGUCGACGGGGAUGACGCAGAUGUGGCUCUACUGGGGCCCGACCGUGACGAUCCUCUUUGAGAACUGGAGGACGAGCGAGUGGGCGGUGUAUAUCUUCGCGUGCUUCGCCGUGCUUGCCUUCUGCGUGCUCCACGAGUUCCUCACGUCGCUGAGGCUGAAGCUCAGCCAGGCCGCCAGCGGCCGCUGCCGCGUCAACGACGUCGAGCAAGGUGCUAAGGGUGGCGCCAGCAAGACUUCCCGCGACUGGCACCCUCUCCUAGACCGCCUCGCUGCAACCGGCAUAUACACGCUCAACACCACAUUCAGCUACACCAUCAUGCUUAUUAUCAUGAGCUUUAAUAUCGGUCUCUUCAUCGCGGUGGUUCUUGGUCUCUCUAUUGGUUUCUUCUUGUUUGGAUCGAAGAGGCAGGGGAACUCGCCGAAUAACCAGGAGUUCCAAAAGGUGCAGGAACAAAACUACUGUGAAACUUCUGGUGAUUGCUGCGCCGCCCCAUAAGGUGCAACUGUAUGGGAGUACUGACACCGUGGUUUGGAAAACACUGAUCCUGUACAGACAGACGAAGAGAGUAAGGGGAGGAGAUGGAUUAGAAGAGGGAAAUGCUGAUGCCAGACCCAUGAGCAAGAUGCGGUUGCUAGGUGAGUAGGAUCUGUUGUACGGUGUGCACGUGUUGCGUGUGUUUUGUAUGUGCAUGUCAACUAUGGUAAUAUUGUAGCAGAA